UGAAAUACACUACAUACCAGAUACAUUCCAUGUUAAUAUGGAGGCAGGUGAAAACGUCAGACUUGUAAACGAAUCUGACUUUGCAGAAGUUGAACAUACCGUUACCGAUGAAGAUUAUGAAUCAGUAGCACUAGCCGAAGUUAAGUCGCCUACUUUCGGUUUCACUGAACCAUCUUGGAGAACUGAUCUGUGUCUUGUUGUUGAAGGAACAAAGCUUUACGUCGCUAAAAAUAUUCUUUCACUUGCGUCACCAGUAUUUGAUGCAAUGUUCCAAUCUGACUUUAAGGAAAAGUCAAGUGACGAGCUAGAAUUGCCAGGGAAGAAACUAAAGGACGUCUUAGAAUUCCUUCGAUGUAUUUACCCGAACACAUACACCCAAAUUAAUCGCGACAAUGCUAGGAUCAUUCUUCCUUUGUUAGAAGAGUACCAGAACCUACAGCUAAAACCAAGAUGUGAAGUAGUUAUACUUGAGACUGUCACAGAAGAAACAUCGACGAAUGAUUUGUUACAGUUGUUGAAUGAAGCAUGUUUGUAUGAUCUUAAAGCUUUGCGUGCUAGAUGCAUAUUUCUAAUAUCAUCUAGACCAUGUGAUGCAUUGGACGAAAACUACUGUAAGUCGUUCCCUUCGGCAAGUGCAUUAAAUGAGAUUUUUGUAAAUGUUUAUACAUCAAUGAAGAAAAAGUUAGUUGAGCUAGAAGAGGUUGCCGAAGAAAAUGCAUUGUUUAAGCAGUACAUAUCAUCAGAAAUACGUAACGGAAAGAAGGAUUUGAAGUUAGAUCCUGCACAGAAAUGGGAUGACAAGACCAUAGUUAUUAUUGAUGUUAUUCCUGAAGGAACGAAAGAAAGUAAAGGAGUUUAUACUAAUAUUUGGGUGGUUCCUCUGAAGAUUAAUAUACAAAAUAACGGCGGUAGGCUUUACAUAAAAGUUGAAAACAUCAGUGAAAAUACAAUCAUCUGUGAUAUAAGUGUGCUCUGCAUACAAGUAAAUAGACAACCACGUGGAAAAAAUAAUGUGGUUGUUCAAAGCGGAAGUUUUAAUUCAUUUUUGCAACAUGCAUUAUUUGAAAUUUUAGGAACACAUAGUAUUGAGCAAGUUGGCAAAGGUUACAUUUUCAACGGAAAGAUCGGUGUUAUCGCACAGGUGUUCAUGUCGAAGCCUAACAAAUAGUAGAGGUAGCCUUUGAACAUUGGUGAAAUUUAUAUAUGUCAGGACUAAUACACUACAUGUAAAUAUUGUUGAAUUAGAGUGAUGUUUUGAUCAAGAAUCAUCAAGUGUUGUUGUGUAUUGUAAAAUAUUGAAUAAACAUUUUGGUAAUCAUUUACAAUUACAUUCUACACUGUUAUCCUAUAGUAUUUGUAGAUCAUUAUAUUUUUUUUGUUUUGUAUAUUGUUUACAAAGAAAAACAUAGAAACUGUUAUCUUACUUACUUUUCAUUAUUAUAUUUUUUGUUUUGUAUAUUGUUUAUAAAGAAAAACGGUACUAUCAAUUUAUGUGCAACUUUCUGAUUUUUCUUGAUUGAUAAGUUUGUCACGCAAAGAUGAUGAAAAUAUUGAAGUUGUUUGCUGCAUUGCAAUGUAUCAAUACUAUGUAUGGAAUAAAAUACUUUUCAAAUUUAAGUAAAAUUGUAUCUGUAAAUUAUAAAAUUUAAAUGUUAAUUAUAAACAUGUACGAGUAUGUGUGUGUGUGUGUGUGCGCGCGUGUGUGUGCGUGCGUGUGUGUGUGUGUGUUGGUGUGUGCGUGCGUGCGUGUGUGUAAUUGUGUGUGUGCAUGUGUACAUGUGGGUGUUUUGCAUUCUUUGUUUUUUCCCUUUUCUCUAUGUAUGUGCCUUUCAUUUGGGUUUACCUUUUUUUGCAUUUAUAAAUAUCGUCGAACGAACUGUCUAUUAAACCAACGUUAAAAUAUGGGAUUCGACCUAACGUGGUUGUGACGGAGCAAAUAAAUAAGGUUACCCAAUAUGGGGCCUGAAAAAAGUAAAUGAAGGUUUUUUUUUCCAGGAAAAUUAGGUCCUUGGUACCUUGAGCCAAAUAAUCUUACAAGAAUGAAGUGAUAUUUAUUUUUAAAAAAGUCACUUUCAUAAAUAAUAAUUGUUAUUGCUUUAUUGCACGAAGUCCGAUACUCGUCAUACUGUUGUUUUUAGUUGUUGUUGUUUUUGUUGUUUUAAAUGAGACAUAUACAUGAACAUUUAUUUCAAUUAAUAUAUUUUUGAGCUUUAACAUCGAAAAAUAUCAUUUAAAAAUGAUA